CCGAGCUCAUAUUCUGGGAGGUUGAAGGAUGACCGAGUACAAGUGAAGGGGUGAUGUGGACAUAGAAAAUUUAGGCAGCUGUUUGACUCAAGAAAUCGGCCCAGACAAUGUUAUAGACAGGGAUUUCAAGUAUCUGCGACAAUGUAUUUGAAGGAAUAUCGUGUGUGCAUGCCUUUAAGUGUGAAGGAGUACCAGAUUGGCCAGCUGUACAUGAUAGCCAAGCACAGCCAUGAACAAAGUGAGAAUGGUGAGGGAGUAGAGGUGGUCACCAAUGAACCCUGUGAACACGAAAAACAUGGAAAAGGACAAUUUACAGAAAAAAGAAUCCAUUUGUCUAAUCGUUUACCAACCUGGAUCCGAUCUCUCAUUCCAAGGAUUUUCUACAUAACAGAGAAGGCCUGGAACUAUUAUCCCUACACUAUAACAGAAUACACUUGCUCAUUUAUGCCACUCUUUUCAAUCUACAUCGAGACAAAGUACAAAGACGACAAUGGUUGUUCAGAAAAUGUGUUCAGUAUACAUGUAGUGUUCUGUGUAGUAGGUGUGAUUACCUGUCUACAGGUGUUCUGUGUAGUAAGAGUGAUAACCUGCUUACAGGUGUUCUGUAUAGUGUUCUGUGAAGUAUUAGUGUAA